UCUUCGUUGCACCGGAAGAGACCGUCGUAGUGGCUCUGUCAGAGUUCAAAGGUUAUCAACGUCACGUCAAGCUAGCUGCUGAAGAAGCUUGUUCUAAAUAUUAUAAAAAUGUCAACUUCAGAAGAAGACACGGAGAUGACUGAUCCAUGUGUGCUCGUCACUAGCUGUGACAGUGGUUUUAAAGAAGAAGAUCUGAUAAAACAGAUCCUUAAUUCGAAGACUUUGCCCGAACCGAUCAAGCAAGAAGAAACUGUAGCCUGGUAUCCAUGGACCAUCAACAACAAAUAUUAUACAGCGGAUGUCAGGCUAUGCGCUGUACCAAGCACCUUUAAAAUGUCAUCGGAGAUUGCCCAGUCCAUGCAGGCUUUCAUCGCUUAUUUUGACAGUACAGUGAAGGAUGGUUUAGAAAAGCUACUUCCUUGGAUAUCGGUGGUGGAAGAUCUUGCUCCAGAGGUGCUCAUUCUGGUGUGUGACAGAGUCUGUGAAAAUGGGGUCACCAGACAUGAAGCACAACAGUGGUGUUUGGCUCAUGCCUUUGAGCUGGUGGAGCUCAAUCCACAGGAGUUGCCAGAUGAGGAUGAUGACUUUCCAGAAUCUACAGGAGUAAAGAGAAUCAUCCAGGCUCUCAAUGCCAAUGUGUGGACAAGUGUGGAGAUGAAGGAUGGGCACAAUCAGGGAUUUGGUCUAAUGAGUAGUUUGGUGGCUGCCAGACACAACAACCCACGCAGCUGUCAAGAUCCACAGUCUUCCAGCUUGCCAGUAGAGGGCCCACUUGUUAGUGAGGAAACUAACCAUACAGAAAGUACUGCAAUCACAGAAGUACAGGGAGGAACGGUAGUUGAUGCAAUGACUGAUUUGGACAUCCAGGAACUCGCUAAUCUCACGGCUGGAGAUGCAGAUGUGGAUAACUUUGAACGUCUCUUUACCAAAUUAAAAGAGAUGAAAGGUAAUGACAAAGCUUCUUCAUUACCUCAUGAGCAGAGAAAGGUUCAUGCAGAGAAGGUAGCAAAAGCGUUUUGGGCGGCCAUCGGUGGUGAAGAUGAUGAUAUAGACGGGUUAUCAUCGGGAGAGGAAAGCUAAAAGCAGCUACCUGUGACUCAUUCUUUUCUCCUGGUCCUCCUCCUUUCCUGGGGCUCCCACAAGAUCCAGCGCCCUUUGACUUUUUUUCUUGCACCUCAAAAGUGGAGAUGCUUACAGAUGGUACUGUAGGCAUAGUCAUGCUUAGAAACGUUCAGAUUCUUAAAAUGAAAUGAUUGCAAUACUGGUGUAUAGUGCGAAGCAGUUAAAUAUGUUUAGGGAAAGAAGUGAUCCAACGGAUUGCCCCGACGCUCUGUCUUCUCCCCUGGGUCCCUCGCUGUGUUAUAAGGCCUGAAUGAACCUCAAUACAUGAUGGUGUUGCAGGUGGAAAAACUAAAAUAAAUGAUGUGGUCUUUGAUUUAUGUAUAUGUUCCUUGGGUACUGUUGUCACAUAUAUUUGCAGGUGACAUAAUGUGCCUUAUCCUUAGAGUUGUAAGACAUUUAAUGCACAUUCUGUUGAAUCAACAUAAAGAUUUGUGAUUUUAA